CGCGUGAUCGCACCUCCGACCACUUUUAGCCGACGGGUGCGCACGCGCACUUGCUGGCUUGUUUUGACAGCUUAGGUCGUGUGAGAUGUGAGGGAACAGGAAGUGUCGCGAGAGUUAGCAUCACACCUCCUUUUAGGCGUUAUAACUAUGGCGAGCUUGGGGAUCCAGGCUGAGCAGGAGCCGCUCUUAGGUGACCAGACACCCGGAAGCAGAGAAUGGGAUAUUAUAGAAACCGAGGAGCACUAUAAGAGCCGAUGGAGAUCUAUUAGGAUUCUGUAUCUUACUAUGUUUCUCAGCAGUGUAGGAUUUUCCAUUGUGAUAAUGUCAAUAUGGCCAUAUCUCCAAAAGAUUGAUCAGACAGCUGAUGCAAGUUUUUUGGGCUGGGUGAUUGCUUCGUUUAGUCUUGGCCAAAUGGUAGCUUCACCUGUAUUUGGUUUGUGGUCUAAUUAUAGACCAAGAAAAGAACCUCUUAUUGUCUCCAUCUUCAUUUCAGUGGCAGCCAACUGCCUCUAUGCUUAUGUCCACGUCCCAGAUUCUCAUAAUAAAUACUACAUGUUGGCUGCUCGUGGACUGGUGGGAUUUGGAGCAGGAAAUGUAGCAGUUGUUAGAUCAUAUAUUGCUGGUGCUACUUCCCUUCAGGAAAGAACGAAUUCCAUGGCGAACACAAGUGCAUGUCAAGCAUUAGGUUUUAUUCUAGGUCCAGUUUUUCAGACCUGUUUUGCACUCAUUGGAGAAAAGGGUGUGACAUGGGAGACUAUAAAGCUGCAGAUAAACAUGUAUACAGCACCAGUCUUACUUGGCGCCUUCCUGGGAGUUUUAAAUAUUCUUCUGAUCCUUAUUAUAUUAAGAGAACAUCGUGUGGAUGACUCAGGACGACAGUGUAAAAAUAUUAAUUUUGAAGAAGGAAGUGCAGAUGAAGUUCAGCUUCCACAGGGAAAUAUCGAUCAAGUUGCUGUUGUGACCACCAAUGUUCUGUUUUUUGUGGUCCUGUUUAUCUUUGCCCUUUUUGAAACCAUCGUUACUCCAUUAACAAUGGAUAUGUAUGCCUGGACUCGAGAACAAGCUGUAUUAUAUGAUGGAAUAAUACUUGCUGCUCUUGGAGUCGAGGCAGUUAUUACUUUCAUGGGGAUUAAAUUACUCUCCAAAAAGAUUGGCGAGCGUGCUAUUCUACUGGGAGGACUCAUCGUUGUAUGGGUUGGCUUCUUUAUCUUGUUACCUUGGGGAAAUCAAUUCCCCAAAAUACAGUGGGAAGAUUUACAUAAUAAUUCAAUCCCUAAUACCACAUUUGGGGAAAUUGUUAUUACUCUUUGGAGGUCUCCGAGCCCAGAUCACAGUGAAGAACCAAUUGGCUGCCCCGCUGAACAAGCCUGGUGCCUCUACACCCCCAUGAUCCAUCUGGCCCAGUUCCUCACGUCAGCUGUGCUAAUUGGGAUGGGCUACCCCUCCUGCAAUGUCAUGUCCUAUACAUUAUACUCAAAAAUUCUGGGACCAAAGCCUCAGGGUGUGUAUAUGGGCUGGUUAACAGCCUCUGGAAGUGCAGCACGGAUUCUUGGACCCGUGUUCAUCAGCCAAGUGUACACCUCCUGGGGCCCACGAUGGGCAUUCAGCCUCGUGUGUGGAAUAGUGGUGCUCACCAUCACACUGCUGUGCGUGGUCUACAAAAGACUCAUUGCUUUUUCUGUAAGGCAUGGAUGGACUCAAGAGCAACCUCGCUAAGACUGUGAUGGAAGUACUUGCUACAUGGGCCUUCCUUUACUAAGGCUCUGCUUGACAAUUGGUAUGAGUCAGUUUCCAAAAGUCAGGCUUCAGAUACUGCAUAUUUUGAGGAACAAGAACAUAUAUUUAAUAACACAGGGAAUUCUAUUAAUAUGUGUAAUCGUGAACAGUUACAUUCUCAGAAAAGAAAUAUUCUUUUUUUUUAAAGAAAUAUUCUUCAUAUAACACCUUUCUGGGGGUUGUAUGAACUCAUGAAUGAAUGGACAGUGGUCUACGAAUGUGAAAUUAUACUCGUCUUUAAGUUAUUAUUUUGAAUACUACACCUUCAGCCUUACCUCACUAAGUAACCCAUAAGUUAACAGAUCAGUAGAAAUGAUGCUAAUACUGGAGCAGUCAAGAGUAAGAGAUCAAGAUGGCUUUCACUACCUUUAGUAGGGCUAACUACUUUCUUCAUUCAAGUGCUAAUAAGUAACUCACUUUAGAAACAAGCCAGUGUGUUAUUGUACACAUAUAAUGAACAGCAAAAUAAUUACUGGUUUCAACUCCUAUAAAUUCUGGAGAAAAUCUAUUACUUUAAUUAUUUACUUUUCCCAUCUCUUAGUAGUGGCAGAGUAGUAGACACAGCAGGUUUCAGCCUAAGUCUGCGUAGCUAUUCAGAGCUGCAGACUUAUAUUUGGGUGGACCACGAUGGCCCCAAUCUUGUCAGACUAUAAAUACUUGAGGCAAAAUGGCUUUAAUCUAACAGUUCACUGAGCUUACUAGAGUAUGCGGUCUCUGUGUAUACAUCUCUACCUCUACCUCAGUUGAAUGCUGUUAAAAGGAACUAGUACAGAACUAUGUAUACGGAUAAUAUUACCAAAAAAGUAAAAAUAUUUCUAAAUACUUUUCCACGUUUUCUACUCUUGUUAUAUUUUCAAACCUGACUGAACACCAUAAUCUGCACUUUAUACUAGGUUUGCUGCACUUUUUUUAAAGACCUGAACAACUGAAAUUUAUUCCUCAGUUCUGGAGGCUAGCUAGACAUCCAAGGUCAAGGUGUUGACAGGCUGAUUUCUUCUAAGGCUUCUCUCCUUGGCUUGUAGAUGGCUAUCUUCUCCCUGUGUCUUUUGUUUGUUUUUUCCAGCUUUACUGAGCUAUAAUUGACAUGUAACAUUGUGUAAGUUUAAGGUGUACAACUUGUUGAUUUGAUACACUUAUAUAUUGGAGACUGAUUACCACCAUAAUCAGCUCCUCCAUCACAUUACAUAACUACCACUCCAUUCUUGUAGUCACAACAUUUAAGAUCUGCUCUCUUAGCAACUUUUAAGUAUAUAAUACAUUAUUCGCUAUAAUCAGCAUGCUGUACCUUAGAUCCCCAGAACUUAUUAA